AUGACUGAGGAGUCGGGGGUCUCAGCCCUUCCCAUUGCCCCGGAGAAGGGUUGUGAUUGCCCGGUGCCCGCUGCAGCCCGACUGCUCGCCAGUCAGGGGCAGCUGAGUGCAGCUACUGGCGGCGCCGAGACCUCCUGCUCCCGCUGCACCAUCCCCUUCGGGCUGGUCAUCCUGAUCUCUGGAGUGGUGGUCACCGCCGUCGCUUAUAGCUUCAACUCUCACGGCUCCAUCAUCUCGAUCCUCGGGCUGGUGCUGCUCGGCUCCGGGCUGCUGCUGCUGGGGGCCAGCGCCGUGUGCUGGAGAACCCGCCAGUGCCGAAAGCAGGCUCAGCGCAGGGAAAGCCAGACCGCACUCAUGGCGAACAGAGGGCUCUUAGUCUAGAAAAACACACUUCAAACUUUCGAAAGAACUUCACCCGAAUCUAAGGAGAAUGAAAGUGUAAAAAGAGCCUAAGCGCUCACACAGCGCUCACGGCUGCAGCAAACGCAUCUGUCCUCUGAUUGAUGGGAUGCGUUCAACAUCGCUUGAUCUUUGAUUCUUAUACCUACAAAACUAUCUAUCUAUCUGGUCUUGACCGACCCGACAUUCACUAUGGACCACUAUCUGUGGAUGGGAUAUCUGGAGCUGCUUGGAUGAAGCUAUUGGAGGUUUAUUGAUCGUCUCAGCAUUGGAGCCGCCAAGAGAGGGCACGGGCACCUGAACUCGGGCGUCUGGAAGGAAGGAACCCUGUUGUGUACUAAUUUAUUGAUGCACCAACUCUGGAGUAUGAGCCAU